AUGAACCUCGCCCUCCAGGACCCCUUCGCCGUGGCCAAGGAAUACCCCGACACGCUCGCCCACACCCUCCAAUAUGGCCACAGCGUCCACAUCCUGUUCAACCGCAAGGGCGACUAUAUCGCCCUGGGCCUCAGCGACGGCACCAUCGUCAUCUACGACCUCGACAGCCUCGCCAUCACGUGCGUGUUGGGCCGCGGCGGCCACGUGCGCCCCGUCACGUCGCUCUCGUGGUCGCAUUGCGGGCGGUAUCUCCUCCUGGCGUCGCAGGACUGGAGCUGCAUUCUCUGGGACUUGCGCCGGGCCAACGGCGCCGCGUCCGCCGUGUUGCACAAGGCGCAGUUCGACGGCCCGGUGUGGCUGGCGUGCCUCCACCCGAAAAACCCGCAUGUUUUCGUGGCGCUGCUCUUCGAAAACGACCCGGUGUGUGUGCACGUGGAUGGGGUUGGCGGCAGCCGCGUCACAUGCUUGGCCACGGAGCCGGCGGCCGCCCGGGCAGACGACGACGACGAUACGCCCAAGGUGCUGGCAGGCAAGCACCGCACGCUUGCCGCGGUUUUCAGCACCUCGGGCGACUACAUUCUCGCAGGCACCAGCAAGGGCUGGCUCAACGUGAUCUGCACGCGGCGUGCCGCCACCGUGCACCUGGUCAAGGUCACCAGCGCCAACAUCAAGUCGCUCCUGGUGGCCAGCAACGGGCGCAAGUUGGCCGUCAACUCGUCGGACCGCGUGAUCCGGCAGAUCCACCUCCCGGACUUGAUCAACGAGCCGAACCCGGCGCACUGGGACUUCGACGUGGAGUGCAAGUACCAGGACAUGGUCAACAAGCUCCAGUGGAACUCCGUGGCCUUCAGCCACAACUCGGACUUCCUCGUGGCCUCGACGUUUGGCCAGAGCUCGCAGGACUUGUACCUCUGGGAGACGUCCAUGGGCUCGCUCCUCAAGAUCUUGGAGGGCAGCCCGGAGGAGUUGAUCGACGUCAAGUGGAACUACAACCGCUGCAUGAUCGCGUCCACGGGGCUCGACUCGGGCACCGUGUACUUGUGGCUGGUGCAGUUCCCGCUGAAGUGGAGUGCCUUGGCCCCGGACUUCGUGGAGAUCGAGGAGAACGAGGACUACGAGGAGAAGGAGGACGAGUUCGACAUCAUCGACGAGACUGACUUGAUCAAGAAGCGCAUGGAGGAGGAGGACACGGACAUCGACAUAUUCCUGCUCGAGGCCACGGACGUGCGCGGCUUCGACACGCAGAUCGACUCGUUUGUGAUUCCGCUCAACUACGAGACUGCGGUGGUGUGA